AUACAGUAAAACAAGGGUUGGGGGAAAAGAUCACGGUAAAGUGAAAAUUUGAAAUAAUGUACAGUAACAACUUUAAACUGUGUUUCUGUUUAACGACUGUGAUGCGUUUUGACUAUGAUGCGUCACUUGGUGUACUUGUGAUUUUAUGACAUCCCUUAAUGUGACUUUUAUCAAGUGUUGGCUAUUUUGAUGGCUGUGGCUGUGAAGAUGUUAAUGACUUUGAUGAUAUCACUGUCAACACUACAUAGUAGAAGUUGUGUUUAAAAACAGAACCAACUAUAGAUUAAGAAAAGUGGGAAGCAAUACAACUUUAAUAAUGCCAGCUCCACUUAAAAAACCAAAGAAAAGAACAGGAACUUUACACUCUUUUGAAGACAUGUCUGUAAGGUCUUCCCUGGUUGCAGAGGUUCACCGAGCCUCAGCAGAUCUCAGAACCCUGCUAGGAACACAGUGGGAUUCCAACAUGUCCCAGCAGCCCCUUCGACAUCAGCACUUCCACUCGGGCCUGAUGAUAAAUCCCCCACAACACCAGAUCCCACAGCUUCCUGAUACUUCCUGUCUAUACCCAUCACCACAAAACCUCCAGCCCUUACCCCUACCAGCCCCUAUCCUGCCUCAUUUGAACCCCCUGUUGUCAACCCUAGCAAUUAAUUCCUAUGCCUCUCAAACUCCACUUUACAACGACUGUGCGUUUGUCCAACCCAAUGGCUGUGCAGCGGCAGAAAAUCGUCACAGACGCAGGUUUUACCCGCACCAAGCACCUGUACAUAAUGCUUCCUUUACUGGACAUUUCUCAUGGCCACCCGCAGAGUCAGCGGGUGAGCAGCAGACUGAGACGUUUCAGUCAGAAGGCCAGAGGUUGAGGCCAAAGAGAAAGUCAAAGGAGAGUAAGGUUUCUCUAGAAAACAAACAUGCAAAAUACCCGGAAGACAAUACAACGACGACGACACUGAAGGAGGAAGGGGGAAAGGAGGAAAACAGAGAUGAAGAAAACAACGUCCAAACACAGGAAAUGCCAGAGCUGGAGAAUACAUCAUUUUGGGAAUACCUCAACAAAAUCUUCCAAGAAGACGAUUUCUUAAAAAUGCUGGAGCCGGAGGAGACUACGGAGACGUCACAUACUCUCAUUUGUGGAUGGGAUUCAGACUCUGAGCCCUUUGACCUUUUGCCACUGAUUGACGCAAGAGAAGAGCUCUUUGACAUAACCAGAAUGGAAGAGUUAGAAGAACAGGAGGUUGAUGACACAGCUGUAGGACUGGAAAAUGGAUGUGAACUGGAGGACAAAAGGGAACAAGAAACCAGUAAGUCAGGUCCUUACACCAAACCUGAGACCGAAAUGCAUCAAGACAACAUCAUGACGGAAAUUGCAAUCCAGAAAAUUUGCCAGUCAGUGUUGGAGAGAAUGGAGCUCUUGCUUACACCUGAAAAGACAGUGCAGGACACACAAGAAGUGAAUGAGCGUUUGUGUGAGGGUUCGGAAUUAAGUCUUAAUGUAAAGAGUUCUGGUGACCAAAAUGAGGUGGACAAUGAUCUACCUUCAAACAAACACAGCAAAAAUAUAGUUUCCAGAAUCAACAGUCCAGUUUGUGCAGCUGAACCAGAAACUCCAACCACAUGGACUGAAGAGAAAGUUUUAGAAGAACUAGCAUUGGGUGACAGUGGAAAAACAGAACAUCUGUUAAAGAACCAAGUCAAACAAGACACCGACGAUUCCAUUUGUUCCAACAAAUCUGAGGAAGCUGACGAUAACUGUAAGACUAAUCCAACAAAGACAAAGGAUGACGAAGCACGAGAGAGUGAAACUGGACCGAAUGAAAAGGCAAUAAAUGAGCUGAAAGAAGAUCAUCUUCAAUCAUCUGAUCUAGACCACAAUGAUCUGAACAGUCCAAACACGUAUGAUCAAGAUCAGCAGACGUCUGCGGAGGUGACUGUAAAUCAGUCUGAAACAGAGUUGGAAAUCUCUGAAAGCCUCACAAAGAAAAGGAAGUUGGAAUCAAAAAGUGCCAAAGACUUGACUGAGGAAGAUAAAGAUUCUAAGGAUGAGGAAGAAACUCUAGAGACCAGUUCGCUCAACACAAGGACUAGAUCAAAGGCUGAUAUGACUCCGAGUUCAUCCACUUUGACUGCAGGAGAAACAGUCAGAGGCAAAAGAAAGGCAAAUAAAAACCCAGAAGAGAAAAAUGAAACUGAAGUCACAAGAACAAGAGGAAAACAACCAGGUUUUCUUAAUAGGAAACAAUGGAAAGAAUCUGCUCGUAAUAGUCAGCAUCAAGGCCAUGAGCCUAAAGAAAAGGUAUCAAAAACACUGAGAAGAAGGAAGAAAACGGACAAAUAACCCAUAUUUUAUCAAAUAAU